GAGUUUGGAGGCUUUCAUACAUGUUACUGACCUUUUGUGGAUGUUCCAUCGUGUGUCCCUGAUGCCAUUCAGAGAAAAUGACGCACUUUAACCACUCGACGGGCGUCUCAGUCCUCUCGCCUGCUGGGCUCAUUUCAGCAUGUGGAUUUAGAAGCAAAAGAUUCACAAUUAAUUCCUGCCCCUUGACCUCCUGUGAGCCUUUUUGACGCCACUCUGUGAUGUGGCGGAAAUAACUGCCCUCCAUGUAUCACCUCUUUAUCCAUUUGAAUUCACCACAUCUCUAAACAGACAAUAUAGACCUUAUCAUCAUCUUCUUUAUCAAAGGAACACCUAUUAAUGGAAUAACAGCUGUGACCUUUAAACUUCCUGUGACUUUCGGCCUUUAAGAUGGAUGCACCUCUGCAGGAGACAUGACUCUUUCUUACAUUUAACAGUUUUAAGUUGUGAGCAAAAUGCCGUCUCCCUGAAUAUAUAAGACGGCCGAGAGCCCAGUUAUGACACUCGUUAGCUGAGAGAAGAUCGGUCGGUAGAACUAAACAUUGCAGAUAUGAUGAUCUCCGUCCACUCCGUCCUGUACACUCUGGUGCUGUUCUCUGAGCUGAGCAGCAUCUUAGCCAUGCCUGCAACUAAAGUAGAAGACGGCGUAGCGGAGCAAGAUGUCCAGCUGUUCCUGGGGGACGAGGCCAUGACCGAGUCCGCCGUGGUUCCUCCUGCGUACAGACGAAGCUUCGUGCUGGACACCAAUGUGAGAGAUGAGGAAGAUGGGAGCCCUAAAAUCAUCAUCAUCUCAAACGUGGGGCUGAAAGGACGCAGUAUUCGCGGUCUGAACUCGGCCUUCACCCGGAGCCUUCCUCUGCUCAAGGAACGAAGCUUGAGCUACGCUCCCGAAGAGCACAGUUUGAAAACUGAUCGCAGAAGCCCUGACAUCGACGUGCUGCGGUGUAUGAUAGGCAGAGUGUACCGACCCUGCUGGGAAGUAUAAAUGUUUCCCCCCCGUGCUGCCGUCCUGCCCUGAAUGUGCUGUAAAAAAAUCUUCUUUAUAUAUGUGUUACACUGAAAUGCAUUGAG